AUGUUCCGCGGAAAAGAAUCGAAAGUGAGUACGGAGAAGAGUAGUAAGCGGCAUCCACAUGUCUCGACGGUGUUCGUCAUUGGAAACAAUGCAGAGGGUAGGAAGGGAUCAAAGCGCCGGGUGUCAGAAAAAGUCAUUUCAGAAUUCAUUAUGGAGAGGAGGACGUUGUGGCAAGACGUGCUGCCAGAUCUUCAGAACUUUGCGUUCCAGUCCAAUUUCGAUAUCGAGUUCUGUGAUGUUCCUCUGGAGAACGGAGAAUUGACGAACAGUACGGUGGAGCAUGUGCUCAGGGUGUGGAAGGAAAAUCCUCGUAGUUGGAUUGUGGUAGGUUCUGUGCAGUCCACUUUGCUUCAACUCUGUUUCAGUUGCUGUUGGGCAAUCGCUAUGGUCAAGUGUCAGUGCCGACUUACCUGCGCAAAGAAGAGUACGACUCCAUCCGGUCGUCGAUCUUCGAAGAGAAUGGCAGUGAGUUCCCUUCGCCCGCAUGCUAAUUCCGCCGUGUUGAGGACUCUGUCCGGGCUCUCCCAAAACGUCCUUCUUCCUCUCCUUCUCUUCGAUGACUUCAAUUUCUCCUAUUCCUCCUUCUUCAUCCAAUUCCCAAAACCUAAAAUUUCUUCUUCAUUUGUCACCACCUCGUGCUCGAAGAAAAGGGCAUCUGCUUCCCUCUUCCGCUCUCUUUCCCUCCCGCUCUCAAAUUAUUAGUUUUGGGGUGCCACAAAUUAGACAUCGCCACAACAAUUGUACUCGCUCUUUCAACACCAAAUUUUCCUGUCUGAACGAGUGAAAAAGCAUCCCUGCCAUAGAAAAACGAAUCAUUUCUUUCGGUGACAUUCGAUUUCCGUCGCUUCGUCGCCGUUUUCCCACUCUUCUUUUUCUUCUUCUUCGCCUUUUUUCUUCUUCAAGUUUUGAGUUAUCAAGGUUGAGCGAAAAGAAGAGAGGAAAGCGGGACGGACCGACAAAAUCCAGUUAAACGGGGGUCCUCCCAUGCAAGACACUUCACUUCUUGAGAUGUUUGGUUCAUUCUCUCUCCCAAAUGGAAGCCAGAUUGCAGCAGUUUCACCUGUUCCCUUCUGACCGCUCCCACUCCCUUCCUUCGUUUUCCCGUUUCUUUGCUCGGAUUAAUCUUCUCCGAUGAGCCUCUUUCCUUUCUUCGUCGGCAAAUUGCCUCCUUCAGAAAUCAAUCCAAUCUGAGAAGGAGCACGAGUAGUUGCUCUUUGAUAGCCGACUUCUCCCUUCCCCCUCUCACUUCCUUUGUCUACAGAUGUUCGCGUCUUCGAGAAGGCGUACACAAUAAACCGGAACGUCGCCGUCGAAGAGUAUCGUCUUGUGCCGUCCGCUAUCAAAGACAAGAAACAGUUGGCUGAAAUCAUAAAGGCGCUGCAAACGGGAGCAAAAGCCGUGAGUCCCUUUAGCCUAGGUUUUCCAUUAAUUCCCGUUCCCAUCGGAUUUUAGGCACACGAGGAAGGCGCAAUCAACCAAGUGCACGUGCAGAGACAGAACCGCUUCUUCGCGUCGCCGCUCGAGUCGCUUGUCCGUUCAGUUCUGCAGACUUCGCCGUGUCGAUGUCUGUUCCUUCUUCGAAAGUUCGAUCAACUUGUCGCCGAUCCGAAUAAUCCGAGUGUCUUUCUAGAGACAGACGAGGAGAGCAGCAAAAAGAUUGAAGAGCUGAAAGUGCGGAAUGAGCAGGUGCAGAGAAAGGUGUAAUUGAGAUUUCAGAACGAAGUAACUCUGAAAAUGAACGACCGAGUGAUGACGCACGUGCUGAGGCCGGAGAGCAUCGACAUCAACUACUUCUUCAAUUCGCGCGACGGGGACAAGUACAGAGAGAAGAUUGCCAGACAGGUGAGCCCUCUCAAUGCCCUCUCACGGUGAUUUUUCCUGGGGGUUGUGCGGAGGUUUCUAGUCCCUGGCCUCCGUGGCCAUCGCCGUUCUAUUAACCAAAACCGGCUUUUCGGAUUUUUCUCAAAAACUGGAACAUAAAUUUCUUAAUCACAAACGUACGUUUUCUUUCUUAAUUAUAUAAGCUUUCUUAGAAAAAAGAAAACAGAAAAAAAGUUUGUCCCGACCGGUUUUUUUUGGUACCAAAAGAUGGCCGAACGGCCGAACGGCGUCCACGAAGGCUCAGAUGCAGCGUGACAGGGACUUAUUAUAGGGGCACCGGACAGAAAGGGCGCGCUGUUCGCAAUCUGGCCGAAUUUCUAGGCCGCGAAGUAAUUUUUCACUGAAAAUGUGGCCUAACUUUCAAACUCGGCCCCGAGGUCGCUCAAUUUGCACUGCAAAAGGAGUUUCUCAACAGAGCGCCAUUUCUGUGCAAUGCCCCUAUAAUAAGAUGUGUGCCGCCGGAGAAAUAUUGAUUCAUCUUAUUUAUUGUCAUAGUGAAUCUGUUGAUUAUGAUCAAAAUUAGCAAAGAGCAACAAGAAACUCGCAAGAAUUUCUAUAGGUCACUGGAAAAAUAUCUUUUUUCGAAAUAUGGCUAUUUCGUGCGUGUUUUUUGUGACUCUUUGUUAGUUUACAUUAUAAUGGACUAAUUCACUAUGACAAUGAAUAAGAUGAAUCAGUAUUUCUAAAUACGACGGCACGCAUCUGACGUUUUGGCGCACAGAGGAUGGCUUGGAGAGCGCGCCGCCGUCCCCCUCCUGCGCGCUUCUUGACUGUUCUGGGACUUCAGAUGCGUGCUGUCGGACGAAUACUUAAAAAUUAGGAAAAAUAAAUCAGUAUGCUUUGAACAGCACGCAUCAGAAGUUUUGGCGCGCAGAAAAAGGCUUGGGAAGCGUGCAGCCGACAGUUCACGGGACGAGGGCCGAACUUUCUUCCUCUCUCCACUGCGUCCCCAGAAAAAAUCACCGUGCCUCUCAAGGCAAGAAUCUGAUUCAGUUCAACGAAAAGCUGAAAAACCAUAUAGCCGAGCUGAAUCCUCCUGUCCGUCCAGAAGUUCCAAAGUCUCCAAUUGAAGUGGCAACUGCUGAGGCUCGAACUCACGUCGGUACGUUCUUGAAUGCUCAAAAUUCGAGUGUCCAAUCUACGUUUACAGCAUAUCUGGAACACCAGCUUUCGAUUGGAAACUUGCCGAGAAACUAUGACCAAAGGUUGGACGAGCUGGCCGGAGUCAAAGUGAACCGAGGAGUCUUUCUGAUUCAAGGGCCUGAUCUUUGCGGGAAAACGCAGGCUUUGUGCAGACUUUACAGCAAAGUUUCAAGUGCAGACGCGUACAAAAUAAUUUUGUAAGAUAAAGAUAUUAAACGUUUCACAUACUUUCAGUUUCAGUUUCACAAACCUGACCUACUCGUCGAACUUUGCCCAUGAAGCCUGGCGGAAUAUAUGUCUCGCGAUCUGUUCGGAAGCUAAGAUCGACCCAAAGAUUGUUCUGGAUCACUUCAAACUCGGCGAAGUCCUCAAGUGUCUCGAGACUAUUGUACAAAAAGCCGACAAGCCAGUUUGUCUAUUCGUGGACGACGUGCACCUGCUCAAAUGUGGACAUCUUCUGAGUCAAGUCGGAAGAAGAACUGAGACUGUAAACUUGAAUUCCCUUCAUCUCGACCCUGAUUACUUCAUUUCAGGCUCCUGAUAAUCUGUCACUGUUCAUGACUUCUUCUAAUAUUUCUCCGGUGAACUCUGUGUUUGCGGUCACUCAAACCGUGAACGUGGAUGUGAUUUCGGAGAAUGAAGUGGUCGAAAUGCUGCAGAAGAUAGCUCAGCAGACUGAGAGAAAACUGACGAACGAGCAGACUUCAAGCCUGCGGCCACUUGUCACAGCCUCGAAGGAUGGGAUUCUGGUGGCGAAGAGUUAUGCGCACGAGAUUGUGCACACUGGACACAGUUCGAUGAAGGGAGGGAUCGAGGGGAGACUGAACCGGAUAGAGAAGGAAUUCGGAAAGUUGGCAGUCGGGAACGUCUGCAUGUACAUCUCCAUUUCGGCUCACGGACUCACACGGCUUGAAGUUCACGAUGUGAUAUCAGCAGAUAAGGAAGUUUUGAAGGAAAUGAACUUGACUACAGUGUUCCCUCUACUCUUACUCGACAGUAUUCUGGAGGCACUUGGUCCCCUUCUCCGAAAAGUUGUGAUUGAUGACCGCGAAGUAAUCAGCUUUUCCCAUUCCAUACUCACAUUUUUCAUCCGUUCUCGUUACGUGGCUAAUCAAGCCGAAAGGAAUGCAGCGAAUCAACAGUUAUCCGAUCUCUUCGCUGAUCUUUUGGUGGAUAGCGAGCAGUCACCAAGACACGAAAUAUCAUAUCAGGUUGGUACUGAAAAAAGAAGGAGCAGUAGCAGUUGGCAGCUUUCAGAGUUUCCCGCAAAAUGUGAAGCGGGAGAGCGGGUCGCCGAACAUUCGCAGACUUCGGCUCCUUUGGUAUCACUGCCUCAACUCGGGGAACCUUGACCGACUCAAGCAACUCGCUUUGUGCCAGUUCGACUAUCUCGAUUAUGUGACUCGUUUCUUCGGAAUCUCUAAUUUGCUGUCAAUGUUCGAAGAGUGUGCCACUCAGACCCUUCAUCAUGAUUUGCAAGGUUAGGGAAGCGGCUGGGCUCACAUCAAGUGAAACGUUUCAUUUUCAGUGUUAUCGGAGCAGGUGCUCGUCCCCGCACUGUCCACAUUGGCAAGAGACAGUGAGCAGUUGGCGGCCGAAGUGAUCGGAAGACUACGGUAUACGAGACCGGACAACAGUCACUUCCUAAACAGUCUCGUGGAACAGGCGAUGGCGUGGGUAGACAUGUAUAACAGACAGCCUCUGCUCGUUCCGCUCACUUGCUGGAUCUCGCCUCCAGCUACAAAAGUGUGCCGCAGUUUCAACCUGAAAGACUGGAAACCCGGAAAUACUGUACUGACCCCGUACAACAAGCAGCAGUUCCUGUUGAUAUCUGGAAAUCAGACAUAUCCCGGAGUCAUUUACGCCUACCACGUCGCUUCGGAACAACUUCUUCUGAUCUUGAAAGGGCACACCGCAGCAGUGACUUGUCUUUGUGCGAGCCAUGACGACUCGUUCUUCAUCAGCACGUCUCUCGAUAAAACAGUUAAGAAGUGGUCGUUGAAUUCGGUGAGUUCUUAUCAAAAUUAUUGAGGAAACAUACCACUUCUAGGCUGAGCCAUUGAUGACAUUUACCCAUCAUACUGCCAAAGUGACCUGCGCCAUUUUAACUUCUGAUGAUCUAUUUCUGAUAACAGCCGGAGGAGAUCACACUGCGCAAGUGAUCAAAUUGGAGACCGGAGAGGUGAUUCGUCAGUUCUCUGAGCACACUGGAACCGUAGUUUCCCUCCAACUCACUUCCAACAACAACUUUCUCGUCACUGGAUCCGGAGAUUUCGUCGUUCAAAUGUGGGAUGUGUGGACCGGAAAGAGCAUCUCGAGAAUGGGCGGCCUCAUGGCUCCAGUCAGUACGUUGGCCAUCACUUCGUAAGUAUCCCUUUUUCCUGAGGUCACCAACUGCACGGCGACCAAAAACGUAGAAAGGGACGUGGCCUAGCGUGCACGGUUUAUCACCAUUUUGGCGCGAAAUUCAAAAUUUAACCCCAUUUUUCAUGUUUUUCGUCAAAAAUUACCCAAAUUUAGUACGAUUUCGACUUUCGAUGUUUCGAUGUUUCCUCUCUUUAAUGUCUUCUUUCGUCGAUAUCAAACACAAAAAUAUCGGAAAAGUGCUGGAAUUGCGGCAAUUUUCAGAAAACGCGUCUCAUAUUAGGCCACGCCCCUUUCUACACUUUUGGUCGCCGUGAACUGUAGUUCUUUCCAGAAACGAUGCAUUCGUGGUUGUUGCGUGCGAAGACGAGACUCUGAAAGUGUUCAGUACGGUUGGCGGACAAGAACUGCACGAGCUGAUGGGGCACGAGGGCAAAGUGAAUUCGUUGGUGUGUGCCCAGGAUGACUGCCAGUUGUUCGCCGCUACAAAGUCCAAAAUCUUCUGUUACGAUAUACACAACGGACAAAUGAUCGACGUUUUGGACGUGGCGCAACCGUAUCCCAUUUGCAGUCUCAAGGUUUGCCAUCGGAACGAUUCUGUUUCAUUUGAAGAAAUGUUGUUCAGAUCACAGCCGACAACUACUUUUUGAUAUCAGCCUGUGGACCGAAAGUUACCAUCUUCAAUGUGCAGAAAAGGAAUCUGGAUGCACACGAAAUUCCAGCCGACAAAGAGGGAUUCCUCACGAUUCUAGCCCUUUCUAAUGAUGACAAGUACGCGGCAUGUGGCACUUUCAACGGAAUUGUGGCCCUGUGGGAUCUGGAAGUUUGCCAGUGCAUCUUCACGACUGUACAGGGAAGAGGGGAUCCGAUCACAUGCCUCAAGUACUCAAUUGAUAGUCAUCACUGUAUUUCUGGUAAUCGGAAAGGCAGCAUGCUCGUCCUGGACGCACAGAACGGAGGAGUCAUCCGAGAGCUUUUUGUAGGCGUCAACCACUGAAUUCGUACGCAUCCGUUCGGUUUUCAGAUGCACAGCAGCGAAGUACAGUCGAUAAUGUCUCUGAUAAACAACAAAAUGAUUUCGUGCGACAUCGAAGGGAAGAUGGUUGUUUGGGAGUUAUUCCAGGAGGACGACACUCCCGAUCUGAUUGCUACGGGUGUCAAACCGCCGAUCUACGUGCCGCCGAGUGGCCGAGUCAUGAUCGGAUACACUGCAGCCGCGAACAACGAGUCAGUCCCAAAGCUGAUGGAAUUAAUGGCAUUAGAAUAUUUUUCAGACUAAAAUUGUGGGAAUUCCCGGAGGAAGGACCUCCUGUGCAACUCACCAAACUUAGCCACACGGAUGAUAUCACGUGCUUCGCAGUCUCCCCGAAAGGAGGCGGACAGGUUCUAGUGACUGGCUCAAGGGACUCAUGCCUCAAAUUGUGGUCCCUCGAGAAGGGAUUCCUGACUCAAGUGCUCGCGGGGCACGAGAACGUCGUCACUUGCUGCUGCAUAUCGUACGACGAAAAGAUUGUCGUUUCGGGCGCUCUCGAUGAGAAGAUCUUUCUGUGGAACGUCCCGAAAGGCGAAAUGAUCUACUCGGUCAGUGCGAGUGCUCCCCUCACUUCCCUCUCAAUGACCGGAGACUCUUCUGUAUUCUUUUCCAGUAAGUCACGAGAACUGUGUUGAUUGUGAAAGUGAACUGAUUUCAGCCACCGAGGAAGGAUGGGUAGAGACUUGGUCGACGUCGAAAGGGACUCUUCUCUCCGCGUUCAAUGCUCACCGUCCCAUCAAGAAACUCAUCAACUCGUACGAAUCCCACCGCAUGCUUCUCCUCCUCGAGAACUGCGCCCAACUGCCCAUUCUUUGUCUGCACAAUACCCCGGCCUCUGGAAUGGAAGCAACGAGACGGAGGAGUGCGCGAACUCACUCGGUCUCUAGUGCUUCCAACGAGAUAACAACCACUCCGGCUUCUGGAGAAAUCAAGAAGGAACCGUCCUCCAACUCGAACAACGGAGGGAACGGCUCGACGGUUUCUCGUCCGGCAGCUCCUAAACCCACUUUUGACAUGCUGGAGAGGAGUAAAAGUAGGACAUCCCUGAUUGAAAAGGUACACAAAGCUUCCAAUAUCAUCCAUCCACAGAGUUUUUCAGGAUCGGGCAACGACGCUCACACAAUCCAACGCACCUCCUCCUCAGAAAUCGAAUAUGUGUAUUUUACUUUGA